CGUCUACUUCCUGCUGUCGUUCUCGCUCAUCGGCGUAAUUGUGUUGGGUCUGUUCGGCGUGUACCGGUGUCUUCGUCUGACCGCCAGCCGUGCACCGCCCGAGGCUCUGGCUUUGCCGAUUCAGUUCAUCACCGACGACUUAGCAGCAGCCGUAACAGCACCUCUAAACGCCGACUCGAACCAUCCGUCUGUACCCAUGCUAUCGGUACAGUCACCCGGCUGCGCGGGGAUGGAGCGGCUCGGCGUUCCUGCCCGCAGUUCCAUUGGCUCACCACCUCUCAGAGAUGAACGCAGUCGACGAUUACGAGUAGACUCCGGCGUUGCAAACGUCACCACCAACUCUUCCGCAAUCUACCAGCAUCAUCCCAACGUGCACCAUCACAGCCAUCACGCGCUUCAUCUGCAUGACCAUCAAAGUACCAAUAGCAGUAAUUUUAUGAGCAAUCAUAGCUACCACCACUCCCAGUUCCACCAAACGACUACACCGACGACGACUAAUAGCAUUCGGCAUCAGGCGUCCUUGACGCCAGUAUCAUCCUCCACGACAACGCAGAAAGCAAAUUCGCCAACGGCGGAUUCCAAUGGAAGCGUCGGAGGAAGUUCCGGCAGCAGCGGGUACGGGAAGGCCAACCAUCAUUACCAGGGAAGCAAUAGUUUCUUCGGAGGAAGCAAUGGUACCAACAACAAUACGAGCCUCUGCAGCAAUAGCAGUAUCAGUCGGUGUCCGCACCACGUGGCGCUGCCGGACGGCGAACGGGGACCCGAUCGCGAUCUGCAGAUACGAACACCCUGUCAGCAGUCGGAAAUUCCGCGAACCUACGUCAAAGCACCACCGAACAAAACGGUCGGCGAUGUGCCCUCCCAGUACCAGUCGGGCGCAUCGUCCACGUCGUCGUCCAGGAGUAAUCUCAACAGUCAACUGCGUGGCACCGGAGCGUCCAGCCUCAGCCACUCGCUCAGUGGUGGCUCCGUUAGUCUGGGCAACCGAGCGAUCGCCAACAGUCUAUCCACGCUGGGCAGCGGCAGUGGCCACCACAGUUCGUCGAUCAGCGGCUCCAGCAGCCAGCAUCACCAAACACAACCCAAGUCUGACAAGUCUGAAAAGCUGAAGCAAAUCCUGCGGUCUCUCACAGGUAACAAAGCAUCCAAAUCAUCCACUAGUGGUAUUAAUGUUAAUAAUAGCGGUAAUAGCAGUAGUAAUAAUAACAAUUAUGGACCUAAUAGUAGCAGUACUAGCUGUAAUAAUAAUAAUUAUCAAACCCGAAGCAAUUCCUACGGGAAUGGGAGCGUGAUCGGAGCUAGUGGAAGUCGUGUGGGUGGGUUGAGUUCUAGUGGUGGGUCUAAUUUAGCAGUAAGUGGAAUACAUAAUCAUAAUCAUCACUACCGACAAUCGGCCACGUCGGUUCAACACCGUCAACAGCAGCAACAACAGCAGCAGCACCAGCAACAACAACAGCAAACUGGGCUGUCCUCUUCGGUGCCGAGUGCAUCAUCUAGCUCGCUAAACCAACAACAGGGCAGCAGUACACCAAUGUCUCUGUCCGCCAGUCCCAGUCCGGACACCAGUACGCACUACAUGUGACAGGAUGGAGGACCGGCGCAGGAUAGUUGAAAUGUUGACCCCGGUCAUCGCGGUGAUCUGUUCCCCUUUCUGUUCGUCAAGCUAGCUAAUCGAUGUCGUGAUAAUAUUUGUGAUUCCUACUGCGAGCAAGAUGGCUGAUUAAUCGAUGGGAUUAUUAGUUAAAAUUACUUAUCUAUUAUAUUGUUAUCUUCUACGGCCAUAUUCCUAUGUUUAUUUCCAAUGAAGUGCCAAAAAGAUGGCACUCAAGUUGAACGAUUGCUCUUCUCAUAAUUGCCGUUUGUGCAUUUUCUAUGGUAUGCAACCAGUAAGUUGUGCCAAUGACUGCCACUCAUUGUCAGCUGGAAACUCUAUUUUCAGUUUGAUCUCAAUUUGAAUGUCAACAUCACGUGUUGCAAAGUGACUGCUUUAUUUACUAGGCGCAUCAAAGGUUUUCCAUUUCCACUAGUGAAAUGAACGUUCAUCCGCUGAAAUGCAUUAAUGUCAAUCAAAUUUGAAUUAUGUAUGUAAUACUUAUGUAAAAGCAUUCCCUAUAAACUUUCAGAGAAAAAAUAUCGAUGCACUUCAUUCUUACUGCGGAUUUCCGCAUGAACUGUAAUUAAUUACCAAUAGUGCAUACCUUAGCUGAAAACAUACCGUUAUUGCUCAGCCAUAAUUUACAUUUUGCCUUCAAUCGGCCUUUGAAGUAAGGUAAAACAAAUCUUAUCCAAACUGGAAUAUCGCUCAACAAUAAUUUAAACAAAUUGACUGCAAUCUUAUUCCAAGAAUUUUAGUAGUUUGAAAAUUGUUUCUUUAAUCCUAAACCGUACGCUUCUGUCAACAUUUGUUAACCCCGACGAGUGAUUAAGUUUUGAAAAGUACAAAGCAAGGUUAGGUUUCCUGGGUUAACAGCCAUAAUUUCUGUUGUUUUUAUUUCCACUAUCACCCGUUAUCGAAUUUCGUAACUGAUAGGUUCACAAUAAACUAUCAACGUUAUAUAACAACUUUCCAUUGAAACAAAACCUUUGUUUCUCCGUAGACUUCGUAACCAGUUGUUAGCGUAUAGGAUAAUUGUGCGGGAUUUGCGCAACAAUCCUACUCACCCUAACAACAUCUCCCAGCCGAACUUUGAGCAUACAAGAACUGACUGGUAAGAGCAGAACCGUACCUCAAAGCCAACCGAAAUAUUGAUAUAUCCACGCAGUGUACGAAAAAUGUCAAAUAAACACCUACCCCGGGUCUUGAUUCGCUCAUCCGACGAGAUUAGCUCCGCUUUUCACAAAACUCCCAGCUAGGGUGGAAAAAAGAACUGCUCAGUUGCGUGCCGCUUUCCCAUACCACCAGGUGAACCGUCUUUUAAGAACUAAUAUAUUAUUUCGUAGCAAGUAAGGUUCAAAACAAAAAACUAAACGGAAAAAUGUAUCAAAUUUAUGUGCAAGACUACCAUUUAGUAAAGUGUGCAACCAAAACGAUGAACAAGUAACUCAACUGUCAACAAAAUAGACGAAUCGAGGUUAAUUGUUAACUCAAUUUAACAGAAAGCCUGCAAAUUUAAGUGAAAUGACAGCCUUUCCGCUCUUCAUUUCCGAAGGGCAGAAUAAGAUAAAGCUAGGGAAAUUUUAUUAUUUGUUAAGUUAAAUUAUUCAAUUUAUAAAAUCGACAGUUUUGGCUGCAGGAAGCUAAAACCAACGAUAAGUCCUUGCGCAAACUGAGAAAAAAAAACUACAGAAACAAACAGCUACAAUAGUAAAAACAAUUCAGCUUCUUAAAUAUCACACAUCAGGUUACAGUAAGUCGCUAAGCGUUAAACAAAAUAAAACAAAAUGGGAAAUAAUGGCUCAACUACUAAAAAAAUACAAUACAUAUAUAGCACGAAAAUAGUCGAAAUAUAGGUGAAAACAUACACAAACACACAACAGGCAGACCCGCAAGCAAACAAACACAUACACACACGAACACAGUAUAGUAAAUAAAUGAAAAAUUACCGUCGAAAACAAUAAAAGCUUUUUUCGUCAAUAGCAACAAAAAUGAAAUAAAACUACUACUAAUACUAGUGACGCAACUACUACUAUUAUUAUUACUACUAUUACUACUAUUACCAUAACUACAAAACUACAGCAAAAGAAAAGCACUACUAUACAACUAACAGACAAAAAAAUUACAUGGCUGGGAAUGUGUAAUCUUUCUUUUAAAGUCAGCAGAAUGGGCGAUGAAAAAAGAAAAGAAAGAGGAAGGACAUAGUUUAGCGAAAUAAGCAUAAAAUCCCGUACUAAGUUAGGCAAAAAAUAAACAAGUUGACAGGCAACAGUCAUUCAAUUUAUGUUAGUAAAUGUGAGCGCAUGCUAAAAUGAAAACGAUUGACGAGUAGAAUUACAACAACAAAAAAUGUGAGUGUUCAUUGGUACGUUUAUACUUUUCCUUUUGUUUCAUUUGUGUACGUUCGUAUCGUAGCUUAUAGAUAGUAAUGACAUAUUUAUUUUACCUUUCGCCGAGAACGACCUUCUGCCGACGUUCAGAACACCCGCGGAACGGCCCCUCGGGAAACAAUCCGGAGUGUCAAAACGAAACAAAAAACAAACAAAAAACAAGCGUCAUAUGCCAUAUUUUCUUUUUUUUUAAGAUGUCGACAACAUUUUUCGAAAACCAAAUUUGUGAUAAUUUAACCAAAAUCGAAAAAAAUUCUAAAUUUUCAGUUUUCGUUCAAAUCAAGCCAAAGCUAUACCGAUUAUAAACAUACUAAUUAUUGGAAUAUUUCUGUCGACCAAAAAAAAUCAUACCAAAAUUGUUCAAAAUAAAAAGUAUUGGAAACCAUUCGCCGGCUCAGGCAGUUUUAAGCAGACAUAUUUUGCCGAGCGUAACACUCCGCGUAUAGAAGAAAACCAGAAAGGCAGAGUAAAGGGGGAAAGGAGUCACUAGGUACUUGUGGUUUAUCGAAAAACAAAACAAACAAAAAAACAAACGGCAACAAACAACAACAACAACAACAGCAAAAUGGUGUCACGCACGAACGCGCAGCUUAUCCGACGAACUAAGCGCCACGGCGAAGAGAGUGAAAUUGUGAUAUAUUCAAGGUGAAAACAUAACCAGAUUGUAACUACUGAGCGGUGUUCAUUAUAUAAAGAAAAGAAGAAAAAACAAAACGUUAAAGGAAUGUAGCUUAAAGGUUAUUUUAGUCGCCAUUUUGUGUUGAUGUGGGGAAGGUAGCAGAGAAGCUCCAAAUUUAGGCAACCAAGGCGAAAAAUAUACACAGGAGAAAAACCUCCAUCGAUCAUUUAAACAUUUUCCUACAACUACAGCGAGGCGACUGAAUGUGAUUGAAAUGGUUUCGAUUGAUUGUAAGCAAAAAAAAUCAAAUUUUUCUCAAUCAUCUGAUUAUAAGCUUUGAAAUAGGUUUCACGAAGAUAAUUUCCAUGCCGUGGAAUAUGUUAGAAAGUUUGUCCCGAUUCACGCAAUUCACGGUUUCAACCUGGCCCCUCAAUUUCUGGAACAAAAGGAAUUCUUGAAGAGAACGGAUUUCACCGCGCAUUCUUGCGACGUGGUCGGCCCAUCAUAGUCUCUUAACUCUAUCCGCUAUCCGUUUAUAAUCCGCCAAAAAUAGUCCGCAGCACCAUUCGUUCAUAAACAAGUGCACGUACGUCUACUGUAAGCAAAGUUGCUGUCUCAAAUCCGUAGAGGACUACCGGUCUAAUUAGCGUUUUGUUCAUCGUCAGCUUUGUGCUGUGGCGAUUGUUCCUUGAUCGAAGACACUUGCGGAGGGAAAAGUAGGUUCGACUUUCAGCUUAAAUGCGUCGUUGAAUCUCCUUACUCCUUAUUAUUGUCGGUGGUGAUCAGAGAUCCCAAAUCUAUGAACUGAUCAACCACUUCCAGUUCAACGCCGUCAAUAGUCACUGUCCAUGGGGGGCAUACGUUUUUUACCCUGGAGCCUCUUCCUACCAUUUAUUUGGUUUUUGACGCAUUAAUUUGUAACCCAAUUCUGUUAGCCUCCAUUUUCAGUCUGGCGAAUAUUGCCUGCGCCGACCAAAGAUUUAUAGUUAUGAUGUCGAUGUCGUCUGCGAAGGCUAGGAGUUGCCUACUUCUGCUGUAGAUCGUUCCUCUCGUCUCGCUGCACUCUCGCCGGAGCACACCUUUAAUAGGGAUGUUUAAUAACACACAGGACAGUCCAUCGCCUUGCCGCAACCCUAUGCACGAUUCAAAGGGACUUCAGGUGGCCCCGGAACACAUUACGUAACACAUCACUCCAGGGUAGCUUUGAUCAACUGCGUCACUUUGUCCGGAAAACCGUUCUUGUGCAUUACCUGCCAUAGCUGUUCGCGCUCGACUGUAUCGUAUGUUGUCUGAAAUCUACGAAAAUAUCAUGUGUGGGCAUGUAGUACUCCCGACAUUUCUGGAGGAUUUGUUGGAGUGAAAAUUUGAUCCGCAGCAGCACGGCCCAAAAGUGCCCUUCGAAUUAUCUUGGACGACGUAACAAAAUCUGGGUCAAUGUAAUGCCACGGUAAUUGCAGCAAUCGAACCGAUGACCCCUUUUAUAGAUGGGUCAAACUCUGCCUUUUAUCCAUUCUUCAAUCAGCUUCUACUUCUCCCAAAUCCUUGAAACUAGUGUAGUGGCGUUGCUAGUGUUUUUACCAUUUUUGUAGAGUUCUGCCCGGAGUCGGUCUUUCCCGGCGGCUCUAUUAUUAUUAUUAUUAUUCUAACCGAUUUCUCCGUUUGUAGACACUCCUAGAUUAACUUCCGUUCCGUCACUUUCUGUUAUAUCGCCAUCGAGAUGCCCAUCGAAGAACUGCUUGCACUUGUCCACCACCUCGCACUCAUUUAUGACCAUACAUAAUACAUCAUCAAGGCACGGAAAGCUGCACAGUUGAUACAUCGCCACCAUCAACCGUCUUUCUAACGACGAAACCAAUCAUGGGUCGUUGUUCGAUUCAGAACAACCUCUCCGUAAAAUUACGGGAGAUCGAGUUGUCGAGUCAAAACCAGUCAAAACAUCUGCAUCUCAUUUCCUUGCCGACAAGGUCGUCAGAGUACAUUUAUGGCAGUCAAUAUGGCACCGAAUAGCACGCUUCCCUUCACUCACGGGUAGAAAUCUAAUCUCCAAAAUAAGCAAAAUGACUCAUGGUUUCAGGAUUCUAGCUUAUGUUUUAUAAAAAUCCACCAUCAUCAUCAUCAUAAAUAUAAGAGGCUUAUGUCUGUCGCCAAAACGAGGGGCGCGUUAUGUAUUUUCGUGGUAAUAAUCGCCCACAUUAAGCAAAGACUCAAACCAAUCAUACCAGAUUACAUUCAAGACGAGCAAAAGUAACGUAGUUGCACCUCAUAGAGUUACAUAGCGUUAGCGUUACAUAGCGUACCUCCAAUUUGCUCUCAAUCAGACGCGAGGCGACGCGCGGGUUACAGCUAGUGAAUAAUAAUCAUGAAAUCACGAACUUCUUGCAAUACAAUACAAAGCAAGAUCACGAACUAUUAUUCAUAAUUUUGAGCUGCCUGAUACGGUAGUUCAGUCAUUCAUGGUUCUGGAAUCAGAUUUCUUUCCGUGCUUCUUCAGUGUACCCAAAUGCUCUCACAGACUCGGGAAACCAUCACAAAACAAUAAAAUUAGUUCAACUAACCUGUCAGCCGUAAUAAGAUUUUGCAACUCGAAGCACUAAACAUUGCAUUCUAUAGGUUCUAUUGCUUUUUGAGCCAUAAAUUACACUAAAUACUGAGAUAUCUGCCCAAUUAAAAUGCAUCACUAUAUUUUUGGACUUUUUCGACGUCGAUUCUUAUUAAUUUUGUCGGCUGUUCCAUUCGUCACAUCACUCGCGAAACUUAUCUUGAGGCACAUAAAACUUUAAUUUAGCACUCGAACUGUUAUUGAGUGAGAUAUUAUAAUGAUUUUACAUAAACUGUUCACUUGAAUUGAUAGGAAAAACUUCACUUCGUUUCGACUGUAAUUCCGAAUCCACGACCAUCGUUGCUGUACGUUACCAGGGGAAUGGACGAUAAAUAAGACGAUAGUGGCAGCUGAACUCUGACGACCUUCACAUUAAGUUUGCUUGUAAUACAAAUUUGGAGCCCAUUCUGGAUUUGUAGCGAGCGAGCUGCGAUUCUAUUGAAUCUAGUCAUGAAAACAUGGCGUCUAAUCAGGGGCUUGGUCAAAACGAGUGAAAUUUAUCGGUGCUCUUUCAUCCGCACAACACCAACACUAAUGUUGGUUACAAAAACAGAGUUAACUGUCAAUGGACUGGAAUUUAUUCUACUUAUUUGGAAAACACGAACAACACGCAAAAAUGGUUCAGAGAUUUUCAAAAUUCAACAAAACGGAUCAUUAAGUGAAUGGUUCGAAUAAAAGCCGAUACCAUUUCAACCAUCUUCUUUCGCCAUCACAGAAAUGAAUCCUUAAAAAUGAACACAUUUAAUACUGCAGAUUUUCAUAUUUAUUCUACUAUUUCACCAUGCAGCUCGCAGAUUGGUUUAUUACAUUGGUUUUAUGAAAUUUUAUUUACGGAAUUGAAUUUUUCCCACACCAAUCAACAGUAAACCUAAAAAGCUAUCAAAAUCACCACUUUUGUAAGCACUGUAACAACUCCAAUGUUGGUAUCGAUUCCAGUAGAAAUAAACUCAAACGUCAGGUUCAUAUCUACUCACAGACAUUGUCACAUAACAAAAAAAUAAGUCGCUAGUUAAAUUGUAUCUCUUAAAUCAAUCCAUAACCUAGAAAUCAAGAAUUACAUCCAAAAAAUGAGUAAUAAAACAAAUAUCAACUAUACCUGUCUAUUCUACACAGUCAAAAGCUAAUUUCCCGUUGUCUGUACUCUAAUAGUACCAUACCACCAAUUGCAUGUAGUAAAAAAAACAAAUACAAAUCGGAAUAUUUAUCAUAGCUCGUCCCCACAGAACAAACGCAUGUUCCCGUUAUAUCCUGUAUAAAAAAACAAGCUCCGAACGAAAGUAAAUAUAUAAAUGGAAACCUGUAAAUAUUGUAAAAUAUAUAUUUUAAUAAUAUCAGUAACAAACACAUUACAGCAACAGGUAAAACGAAAUCAAACACAGAAAAAGGUGAAAUUGCAUUUACGCGCGGACUAUUUUGGGAGAAUCUUGGCAUCUAACACACAUCUAACUUAUGGUUGAUCUGAUUUAAAAGCGAUUAACGUCAUUUUGUGUUGUGUGAGUGAACCGUGGCUAAAUUGAUGUCCAUGUUUUUUUCGUUUUUGUCCUGCAAUUGAGCCAUCUUACAUACUACCUACUUCAUAUAAGAGAAAACAAUGAAAUCGGCUCAGUAAUCAAAGUAGAUCAAAAGUAGAUCUCCAAGAGCUAGACAUUCAGAUUCAGAUGACACCUAUUAGUUGCUCUCUGAGGAAUACUCAUCACAUUUUUCAAAUUUUCUUUAAGGUCAAAAGAAUAUCUCUUGAACCAAAAGAUUGCCUUAAAAAUAUGGUUCAACGAAAAUUGCACUUAAAUAGUGUCAUUUAUCAAAGAAAAAAUUGCUUUUCAAAGAUAUAUUAUAUAUUCUGUGUAUUCAGAUUGACAAGAACAAUGCAGACAAUAUAUUCCUAAAAACAAAGCUCCUGUUUUGGGCCCAAAAACUGUUUUCGAACUUGGGCUUUCCGACGAAAAGUUAAUGACUGCUCAUUUACCCUUAAUUGUCGCUCUCCUGAUUCGCUCGUUUCCUUAGUGUAUUUUUGCACCAACGAACUAAGAAGUCCAGCAAAAAAUAACCCUCAUCCGGUUUACUUUGAGCCAAUCCCGUUUAGCUUUGAAAUCCUCCACAUCGAGAACUCAGGUUCAAAUUCAAACCCAGAAGAAAUAACGAAUGACCGGUCACGAACGAAUGGUUUGUUUACAUUUUGAGCUUAGGCUCUGUUCAAUUGUGGAUCUUGAUAUAUUUGUUCCAAAUCAAUUACGCUGUGGCGGAUCUUUUCGAUUUGUCAAUUUUAUCUUUAAAUACGAUGUAAGAUAAAUCGUUAACAAUAGACUGCAUUAUUUUAUUUAUGUUGUUUUUCGGAAUACCCAAUAAAUAUUUUAUUUGAAAAGUUCUUUGUUCAACCAUUAAACAAUUGUUAUCAAAGAAAGAAGCGUUUCAUAAGGUAUUAUUCAACAAUAACACUCUAAUGAAUGAAAUAUGACAAAUCCUAACUGAUCAACUUGACAUUUAAUUUGAAGUAAAAUGGUUUUGAAUUUUCAUUGACAGUUGAAACUUCGAUUAUUUUAAGGUUUAGGAAUAUAACCAAAACCCGCAUCAUAAGGUUCACUCACACAACAGUUUUUAGUGGAAAUAUUCCCAAAAAAAUCAGUAACCGAAGAAAACAAAAAAUGCAGUACGUUCUACUAUGAUAAAAAUUUCAUCAGCCUCCCCUUUACUUCAACAACACAGUAAAAAAAAUUAACUUAUUGCAACAAUUUGGGGACUUGAAUAAACCGCAAAAAUGCAAAUUAGCGAAUGCAAAAGCCGCAGUAGAGGAAACAUGAUAAGCAAAUUUUUCGUUGAUGGAAAGCGGACGAUAAUUUAUUCCAUCAACUAAACGUUUUUUGGUUCGAUAGCAAAAUAAACAACAAACUAACCCUAAAGCAGAUUAACAAACCGAGCAACUAAAGUACCAACCAAUUGGUAAAAUGCCAGAAUACACGCUAUAUAGAAAGUACCGCCAUUAAAGAAGAAAAAAUGUACAUUUAUUCGACAAAUAGAGAACAAGCAUGAAAUAUUUAACAAUAAAUGAAACCACUAGCACUGGACAACUACAUACAAUAAACUAAACGCUACUAAACUCAGAAAUGAAAAACAAUUGGCAAACACUCAGCUUUACAUUAAAAAAAAUAUAAUCAGAAAACGCCACAUAAGUUAGUAGGGUUAUUGAUGAAUGCAAAAGAAAAAAAAACAUUACAAACCAUCAUCGGCAAAAAUGGCAAAACUGCGUACAUCUAUAAGUUAGCAAUCAGAAAAUGUCAAUAUUUUUAUACUUCAUCCAUUUCACUGAGAACGCCGCAAAAUUGAAGGAAAAUAUUUUUUCGCCGAACCACACAAUAUCGCAUUAAUAACAAAUUUAAAGGAAAACCAAAUCAAAACGAAACAUUUUCCACAAUCUGGAAACGGGAACCGACAGGUGACAGGCCCCCUGUCCUGAGCUCGCCGUAAAGCGGGAACUAAGUUUGGUAGUUUGUGUUUACGUGUGCUUGUAUGUAGGAACGUAUGCGAAAUGACGAUUAGUAACGCCCAGCGAUUAAUAUCGGGAACAUUUCCCAACCAGUCAAAAUUGAACAAACAAACACAAGAAAAAAACCAGAACGGAACAACCGUGCGCAUAUAUGAUUAGGUCGUCACGUCACACGAUAGGAUCGCGUCAACUGAACAUUCACCGAACGAACGGAACAGGUCAAAACGUUAUUGCAUGGACCUUGGGAUCGGACAGAUCGGCAAGGGUGUGUUUGCAAAACAGAAGAAUGAGCGUGUGGGUGUAGUAGUCACUACUGGGUCCGAAGAUCAUGUACGAAAAGCGAAUAAUGUUGUCUGUGUAAUUGUAAUGGAAUCGAAGUAAAGCAAAACAAAAAUACACAUACACAAGCGAAGAGAAAAAAAUGUAAAAAUAAUACUUCUACCAUAACACGCGUAUGUAUAGCGGUAAGAAAUAUUUUACGUCAUCUUCUCGUUUUAAUUUUAUUAUUUUUUAUUACGAGGAUAAUAAAAAUGUGAAAUUUUAAAUUAUAUAUUGAAAUAUAAAGAAAUAAAUGAUUAAUAUUUAUUAUGCAAGGAACCAUGCAAAUCGUGGACAAAUGGAAUAUAUAUUGAAAACAAUUAAACCAUUAUUGAAUAAUAAAUG